AGCGGGCCAAUUGCUGGCCGUGUGCGCAGUGCAGCGGCGGCAGCUGGGCGCGUGGUGUCUGCGGCGGCAGUUGAGGUCAAGUAGCGGCGUUGGGCAGCAGCUGAGCUCACCAUGCGCGAGUGCAUCUCUAUCCACGUGGGGCAGGCAGGUGUCCAGAUCGGCAAUGCCUGCUGGGAACUGUACUGCCUUGAACAUGGAAUUCAGCCUGAUGGUCAGAUGCCAAGUGACAAAACCAUCGGCGGUGGGGAUGACUCGUUCAACACGUUCUUCAGCGAGACUGGGGCUGGCAAGCAUGUGCCCAGAGCGGUAUUUGUGGACCUGGAACCCACCGUGGUCGAUGAAGUGCGCACGGGGACCUACAGGCAGCUCUUCCACCCAGAGCAGCUGAUCACCGGGAAGGAGGACGCAGCCAAUAAUUACGCCAGAGGCCAUUAUACCAUCGGCAAGGAGAUCGUCGACCUGGUCCUGGACCGGAUCCGGAAACUGGCGGAUCUGUGCACGGGGCUGCAGGGCUUCCUCAUCUUCCACAGUUUCGGGGGCGGCACCGGCUCUGGCUUCGCGUCUCUGCUCAUGGAGCGGCUGUCGGUGGACUACGGCAAGAAGUCCAAGCUGGAAUUUGCCAUUUACCCAGCCCCCCAGGUGUCCACGGCCGUGGUGGAGCCCUACAACUCCAUCCUGACCACCCACACGACCCUGGAGCAUUCCGACUGUGCCUUCAUGGUGGACAACGAAGCCAUCUACGACAUAUGUCGGCGCAACCUGGAUAUCGAGCGGCCCACGUACACCAACCUCAAUCGUCUGAUCGGGCAGAUCGUGUCCUCCAUCACGGCCUCCCUGCGAUUCGAUGGGGCCCUGAACGUGGACUUGACGGAAUUCCAGACCAACCUGGUCCCGUACCCCCGCAUCCACUUUCCCCUGGCCACGUACGCCCCGGUCAUCUCUGCCGAGAAGGCCUACCACGAGCAGCUGUCCGUGGCCGAGAUCACCAAUGCCUGCUUUGAGCCGGCCAACCAGAUGGUCAAGUGUGACCCUCGGCACGGCAAGUACAUGGCCUGCUGCAUGUUGUACAGGGGGGAUGUGGUCCCAAAAGAUGUCAACGCGGCCAUCGCCACCAUCAAGACCAAGCGCACCAUCCAGUUUGUGGAUUGGUGCCCGACUGGAUUUAAGGUGGGCAUCAACUACCAGCCCCCCACCGUCGUCCCCGGGGGUGACCUGGCCAAGGUGCAGCGGGCUGUGUGCAUGCUGAGCAACACUACCGCCAUUGCCGAGGCCUGGGCCCGCCUGGACCAUAAGUUUGACCUCAUGUACGCAAAGAGGGCCUUUGUGCACUGGUACGUGGGGGAAGGCAUGGAGGAAGGGGAGUUCUCUGAGGCCCGGGAGGACCUGGCAGCUCUGGAGAAAGAUUAUGAAGAGGUGGGUGUGGAUUCCGUGGAAGCAGAGGCCGAAGAAGGGGAAGAAUACUGAAUGGGAGCGGGGCUGGCAGGGGUUCCUCUCCCCCCGACCCCCUCACCCCCUCCUGCCACCUUGCAGCACAUCUUGUUUCCAGUUGUUUACAAUUAAAGUUUCUCCAUGAAGCCUCUGUCUAUUGUGAUGCACAGUGGGACACAGGUCUCUGCCGGCAGGGAGGGGUAGGACCCCAAGGCCUGCUGGGCCACAUGGAAGGCUGUCCUGGGCUGUACUGUAGGAGUUCGGUGCAGCACUACUUAUAUCUUAAGGAGCCACUGUUGAUGUGACAUGACCUGGGGGAAACAGUGUUUCCAGAUCAAGGUUUCAAGGCACAAAGAUUUCCCUAGAUUCUAGGAAACCUAGUUAGGUUUUCAGUUGUGUUUGUCAUUUUUCAGGCUUCUCUGUUAAUGGCACAUGGUAAGAGUUUGGAACGAAGUUUGAACAUCUGAGGUCCGUGGAAGGGGGCUGUUGACAAAGUCCCUAACACUGUGGGCCACAUGUGUAGGGUGAGGACAUUUUUAGGGGGGAAAGAUCUUACUGUAUUUUGCAUGGCAUUCACAACCCACAGGGUGAGCUCUAGGUUACAACAGUUCAUCUCUGACUUCGCUGUGCACGUACCCUGUAUGACAGCAUCCCCCCUCCACACUCAGGCCCUUACAGCUGAGCACCCUAGGAACAGUCUCGGCAAAGCACUGCAACUUUCCCUUCAGCAAAACACGUUGAUGUCCGUUUAUAAAAGAUCUAGGAAUACAGUUGACCCUCGAACAACAGGAGUUUCAAUGGUGCAGGGUCAACUGUAUGGAUUUUUUACAGUAUGGUAGUGUAAAUGUAUUUUCCUUAUGAUUUUCCUUUCUUUAGCAUCUUCUUAUGGUAAGAAAUACAGUAUGUAAUACAUAUAUGAAGUAUGUAUUAAUUGGCUUUAUAUUAUCGGUAAGGCUUCCUGUUAACAAUAGGCUACUAGUAGGUAAGCUUUGAGGAUUCAAAAGUUAUACUUGGAUUUUCAACUAUGCAGGAGGUUGGUGCCCCUUACCCUUGUGUCGUUCAAGGGCCAACUGUA